GUGGAAGAAUUGGCACUGAAGAGUUUGGUGCGGUCAAGGAGUUUGGAUCAAUCAAGCUGUUCAAGCAGUGCCAUGAAUACUGAAGCAGCAAGCUUACGUAGUACUCUCAGCGUGGAAGAGGAGGAGCAUAGCGUGAACGAACAAAAUUUGAACUUGGAAGUUAGUCAGAUAUUUAAAGCUGAUGGUGCAAAGCAGCAUGCUUCUGCCAAAGGUGAAGAGUAUGAGGAGGAGGAAGAUGAAGAAGAGGAGGAGGAGGAAGAAGAAGAAGAAGAAGAAGAUAAUGAUGAAAAUGAGAUGGAUGAUGAUGGGAUUUAUGGUUACGAAGAUCAGCUGAAAUACUUCAUGAGACAACUAGAUGAGACUUCAUGACCUCAAGAUGUAUCAAUGUACAUAUUUUCUUGUAUAUAUAUGUUCUACUAUUUGUAUAAAAACAUUACUACAAAACAUGUA